AGAGGGCCGCCGGUCAGGGUCUUGUGCUUGGUAAUAGAAGCGGCGCACGGCUGCUCUGGUCUUUUUGCUGCGAGGCCGAGUCCGUCACAAUGGGUAAAUGCCGUGGUCUUCGUACAGCCCGAAAGUUACGUAACCUUCGGCGUGAUCAGAAAUGGCAUGAUAAGCAAUACAAAAAAGCCCACUUAGGGACUGCCCUGAAGGCCAACCCAUUCGGUGGUGCCUCCCAUGCCAAAGGAAUAGUCUUGGAAAAAGUUGGUGUUGAGGCUAAGCAGCCCAAUUCUGCCAUUAGAAAGUGUGUUCGAGUCCAACUUAUUAAGAAUGGCAAGAAAAUCACAGCUUUUGUUCCAAAUGAUGGCUGCUUGAAUUUCAUUGAGGAAAAUGAUGAAGUUCUGGUUGCUGGUUUUGGUCGUAAGGGUCAUGCUGUUGGUGAUAUUCCUGGCGUCCGAUUCAAGGUCGUGAAAGUAGCCAAUGUAUCUCUGCUGGCUCUAUACAAAGGCAAGAAGGAGAGACCAAGAUCUUAAAGUUUUCAGUAUAUUAACAAAGAUGAAAAAUAAAACAUUUUAAAAAAAGAUGAUGUCAGAAGUUAUGUCUGCAUGUAUUCAAACUUUUUCUAUGUUCACCAGUUCUGAUAGAGUCUUGAGAAAAUACACUCCAGGAUUUUAUAUUUGUUUUGACAAACAAGUUCUAUGAACUAUUAAUCAUUUGUUUUCUGUUGGGACGUAUGGUAUAUCUGACUUUUAUUGAACUGAUAAUCCACUCUGAUAUUGCUUAUUGCAGCAGUUCUUAGUUAUGGUGAUAAGAUGAAAAAAUAUUUUAUAUCCAGUAGUUGACAGUGUAAAAUUGAAAUCCCUGGAAAUCUGGGAACUCUGCUGGUUGGAGCUGUACCUAGCACAAAGAAAAAUGGUUACAUUUUUAGAGGGUAAUUAUCUCAGCUCCAUCCAUCACUGCAGGAUACUCAGGGCAGUGAUCUGGCCUAACCAUCUUCUGCUCUUUCAAUAUUUGCCUUGUCAGAAUUAUGAAACAUCAGUGUCUUGUGGAUAUAGCACGAUAAUGUAGUCUCAGUAAUGCCCUUACAAUUAAAACAAAAUUUCCAUUA